UAUUGCUCCGGACUUAUCCACACACACGAGUAGACCGAAGCCGAGGUCGCUACUGCGCGAGAGGCGAGAGGCGAGAGGGAGGGCGAGAGAGAUUAUUGGAGACUCCGGCAGAGCAGUGAUGGCAAAAGCGGCGGCGCGAUAUCCACCGGAGCACGAGACCGACGACGACGAGGAAGGGGGAGAUUAUGGCAGAGAUAGAGGCCCAAAGCCGAAGAACAAGCCUUCGGAUUCCGUCGGCGCCGAACCGCCCGUCGUGUGCCUCCUGCGCUUCUCCGUUGACUCCGCAGCUGGGGCUCUCAUGGGAUCUGUUAUUGGCUUCGGAUCAGGCUUGAUGAAGAAGAAAGGAUUCAAGGGAUCCUUGGUUGAUGUGGGAUCGUCCGCUAAGACAUUUGCAGUUUUAGCUGGUGUCCAUAGUCUUGUUUCCUGUUUCCUAAAGAGAUUCAGAGGAAAGGAUGAUGCUAUCAAUGCAGGCAUAGCCGGGUGUUGUACUGGUCUUGCUUUCGGUGUACCAGGUUCACCAGGAGUUCUGCUGCAGAGUUGCCUCAGCUUUGGAGCAUUCUCAUUUCUCAUCCAAGGACUCAAUAAAAAUCAAGAUGCACUUGCUCUUCCUCGCCUGGCCGGGGGAGGUAACGAAGGAGAUCCAGCAGUUGUUCUUCCGCCAUUUACGCUUCCACUUCCUCCCCAGUUGUUGGAAGGAUUUUCAUCCUUCUGUGAAUCCUUACCCAAGUCCAAGAGAAUAGCUAAUAAUUAAACACUCCUCCCCAUUUUGAUGUAGAGUGUUUCGAGCAUACACUUGAAACCUUUUUUGUUUUCAAUCAAUUUCGGAUUCUGCAGAUACUUUUCUAUUUGGUUCUAUUUACUUGAAAUCUUGGCUCGAGAGAUAAA